AUGAGCACCGAUGGGACAGGAAGGUGUUUGGUGUGCUACGCCGAGACGAAGAACCGGUGCUCGAGGUGUGGAGAGGCAGGAAUCGACCUCUUCUUCUGCUCGCCGGAACACCAGAAGCUCGUCUGGCCAGGUCACCGCUUUUUCUGCGGCCCGAACGCUUUCCCGCUCUGCUUCCCGUUUCUGUCUGACGAGGAGUUGGAGCUCAUCAUCAAGAACCUUCACACGAGAUAUUUGAAGGUCGGCGGGCAGACCAGCACUCUGUACGAGUCGCUGAACGAGGAGGGGAGGCUGUCGAUUCAGGAUGUGAAGAGCAUGCUCCGCAACGAACUUCACCGGCCGCAAGUCGAUGGCGCUCGUUGCGUCGACGAGCAGUACUACCUCGUUUCCUUACGCAUACCCUGCGAAUCAGAUUCCUUGUCGACCUCGACCCGUCUGCUCAACAGGUUCGCCUCCACCGCACAAUACCUCACGCGUGCUGAGGCUGUGCCAGAGGACCUCACAUCGUGCUCGCCUGCAGAGGCGGAGCUCCUCCACCGCACUUUCGCCUUCGUUUCUCUCGUCUUGCAGGCCCGGGACCUCCUGGAAGGCCAGGCUUACCUUGACGGCAUCAGCGUUUCGAGCGCUACGGUCACCUGCUACAAAGGUCUCUUCACGUACACAAUUGAUCGCUUCCCGCCGCAUCGUGCCGCCAGCAUUUCUGCGGCCUUCCGUCAACGAUACCCCGAGAUGGAGUUCUUCUCGUCGGCUCCAGCAUAA